AUGGCUUGCGAGGAAAGCCAGUCGCUGCUCCUCUCGGAACAAUCCGAAUAUGGCGGGAUGAGCAGCAUUGCGGAGUCAGCCCUGGAAACUGUGGAACCAUCAGUUCUUUCAUGGGAAAACCUACAAGUAACGGUGCAGAAAACCGGACGUGAGCUUCUAAAAGGUGUCUCCGGCGUCACACAGCCUGGACAGCUGAUGGCUUUGAUGGGCGCUAGUGGUGCUGGCAAAACGACGUUGCUGAACACGCUGCUCUGCCGCAAUCUGAAAGGCCUUGAUGUGCAGGGCCGUGUUUUGGUCAAUGGAAAUGCGAUCGGCAGCGACAUCACCGCCAUCUCUGGUUAUGCUCAGCAAGAAGAGCUUUUCGUGGGCACACUGACUGUCCGCGAAUAUCUGACUAUCCAGGCUCGCCUGCGCGUCAAUGGGCCUAAGGAGAAGAGGCUAAAGCGCGUCAACAUUGUUCUGAAACAACUCGGUCUCUUCAAAUGCCAGCAUACACCCAUCGGAGUCAUGGGAGUUAAGAAAGGAAUUUCCGGUGGUGAAGCUCGGCGUUUGACGUUUGCCUGUGAACUCUUGUCGAACCCGCCGAUUCUUUUCUGCGAUGAGCCAACGACAGGUCUCGAUUCAUUCAUGGCCGAAUCAGUCGUGUCUGUUUUGUCCAGAUUGGCACAUAGUGGUCGCACUGUAAUCUGCACAAUCCACCAGCCGGCUUCACAACUUUAUGCGAUGUUCGACUCAGUCAUGUUCCUGGCAUGCGGGCGUACAGCCUUCCUAGGCUCACCGUCGCAAGCGAUCCGCUUCUUCGAAAAUGCUGGAUAUCCUUGUCCACAAAACUACAAUCCGGCAGACCUUAUUAUCCACACACUUGCCAUUGUUCCCGGCGAGGAGGUUGAGUGCAACGACCGUGUUGAAAAGAUCAUCAACACAUUUGAAGGUGGCGAGCAUGGAGCAGGUCUGAGACGUGAUGUUGAAUCAGUCACCCUAAAAGCUCUUCCAGCAGGCCGUCGACAAGCAAGCUGGGGUGCUCAAUUCGCAGCUCUGUCUCGUCGUGCAUUCCUGGACAACUGGCGGAACCCGUCCCUCGCGCGUGCUAAAAUUGUGCAGAAAACAAUCAUGGGCCUCUUCGUAGGCCUGCUUUACCUACAAACCAAAGUGAAGAUGCCAUUCGGCGUUGACAACAUUAAUGGAGCCCUUUUCUAUCUGGUUUGCGAACUGACCUAUUCAACCCUGUUUGGAAUUCUUACCUUCUUACCUGGUGAUUUCCCAUUGGUCGUGAGGGAGUAUCAUGAUGGCUUGUACAGCGUUGGCGCCUACUAUAUCUCACGCGCACUCUCUUAUGUGCCCCUGUUCACACUCGAUGGCGUAAUGAUGAUGACGAUCUCCUACUGGAUGAUAGGACUGAACGCAUCGAUUAGCCAGUUCCUCCUAUGCAUCGGGAUCUCAAUCUUGAUAGAACAAUCUGCCUCCGCUUUCGGUGUGAUGCUCUCGACAAUCUCGCCUUCGUAUCCAGUCGCGGUUUCUUUGGCCGGUCCGCUGCUAACCCUGCUCUCCCUUACCGGAGGUCUAUAUGCGAACGUAGGACAACUUCCGGCCUAUAUUAGCUGGAUUCAAUACCUAUCCUGGUUCAGAUAUGGUUUCGAAGCCCUCACCAUCAAUCAAUGGGAUCGGGUCGAUGAGCCAGGGGUCUUUUGGAACGCAACAAAGCAAGAAGAAACACUGGAGAAGCUAUCAUUUAACAGCUCGAUGAUGGGAUGGGACGCCCUCGCGAUGGCGGGAUUCAUAGGAAUCUUUUACUUGGUGGGCUACCUAGGCCUAUUCUUGCGUGUGCGCCGCGCUCGC